UCGGCGCUAAGCCGAACAGCAUCGUCUCUUCAUCAUCAUCAAAGCGCAAAUGAAGAAGUAUGGCUGCACACGACAAACACAUCCGAACCAUUUAACCACAGCCAUGGUUAAAACGUUUCCACGCGGACGGGACGCUUUUUAACCAUGAGAAUUCAUUGCAAAGUCGUGGCGAUCGGGAUUUGCUUCGGAGUUUUCUUACUUUUGUACUUUUUCGGGGGCAACGCUGCGGACGAGCCGCCGUUGAUAGAAGUUGCGAAAGAAAAACACUUCCCAUCCUCGCGCGAUAGCGAAGACAUUUCACCGAUGAAAGAAGCGAAACAAACCCACGAAGCUCCGCAAAUACCACCGAAACCAAUCCGCAAAACUGACCGCAAAGAGCUGAACUUAAGCGGCAGAGGGAGGAAUGUCAUCGCUAAGGCUCGGCAGAAAAGUGAAGUGGGGCGCCCUGGGCCAAAGGUCACCCGACCGGAGGAUGUAAUGCACCUGGCAGUGGUGGCUUGUGGGAACCGUCUGGAUGAAACGCUUACCAUGGUCAAGUCAGCGCUGCUCUUCAGCAUAAAGAAGAUCAAAUUUCACAUCUUCGCAGAGGAGGACCUAGCUGAACAGUUUCAAAAUGGGUUCAGCCAGUGGCCUCAGACGGCGUCCUCAAAGUUUCAGUACAGCAUAUAUCCAAUCACGUUCUCCGUGGGGAACGCGGAGGAAUGGAAAAAACUCUUCAAGCCAUGUGCCGCCCAGCGGCUAUUUCUUCCUGUUAUACUGAAGGACGUAGACUCCCUGUUGUACGUGGAUACUGACGUUCUCUUCCUCCGUCCUAUGGAUGACAUCUGGAAGUUUCUGAAGGAUUUUAACAACACUCAACUAGCUGCAAUGGCGCCUGAGCAUGAGAUCCCCAAAAUCGGCUGGUACAGUCGCUUUGCAAGACAUCCCUUCUACGGAGUGACAGGGGUCAAUUCAGGGGUCAUGCUAAUGAACCUCACACGGAUUCGCAGCACACUCUUCAGGAACACCAUGAUUGCCAGCGGCCUGUCAUGGGAAAAUUUGCUUCACCCUCUCUAUCAGAAAUACAAGAACCACAUCACGUGGGGGGAUCAAGACCUCCUCAACAUCAUCUUCCACUAUAAUCCAGAGUGUCUUUAUAUAUUUCCCUGCCAGUGGAACUACAGGCCAGACCACUGCAUGUAUGGAAGCAACUGCAAAGCUGCAGAAGAAGAGGGGGUGUCCAUCCUUCACGGUAACCGUGGAGUUUACCAUGACGACAAGCAGCCUGCCUUCAAGGUGGUGUAUGAUGCUAUACAUGAAUAUCCUUUUGAGGAGAAUCUAUUCCAGUCUUUGUUUUACCCUCUUCAAACCAAGUUCCUAGAUACAGUUAACACCCUUUGUGGAAGGAUUCCGCAAGUCUUCCUCAAACAGAUAGAGAAGACCAUGAGGGCCGCUUAUGAGAAAAAGGUUGUCCGCCACGUCCAACCGCCGCACUAGUAAUGAAUCUUGAGAGCUCUGAGCGUGGUUUCGACGUCAUAUGGAAAGUCUCUACCUGCUGCUUAGAUCUAAGUGGACAUUUAUUGCGAGAUGUGCAAGACCAAGGGCAAGCAGCAUGUGGUCCACCAGCUUCAGUCUUAAGGGUCAAGAGCCAGAGGAGGAAUGGCUCUGUUGAAAAUGACUCAACGGAUGCAGCAAAAAAUGAAUUCCAACAGGACUACAUACUGUAUGUUUAAAACAACUCUUGAUACAGAGAAGAUACCAGAGUGCAUUUCUAUGGGUAACCAAACAACUGAAUGCGCCAUAAAAUUAUUUAUAGUAUCCUGAAAGAAUUUUUCGGACUCACUGGGCUCCUAAUAUGGGUUAAGAGCUGUUGGUUUAUUUAUAAACUGUUAUACCGAUUUUCAGCGUCUGGUUUCUUAUGUCCAGCAUUGUACAUUCUGACUUAUUGUGUUGUAGUAAACGCUGAAGUAUGUACUACUCUGUAACUCAAAAUGGCUACACCGGUUUGUGCAUUUUACUACAUCGUAAAUGUAGCCCUAAAAUUAAUGCAGCGGGCACAAACAACCAAAGAUUACUAACAUAUGAGUCCUUUUAGAGUUUGACAAGUACACAAUGCUGGAUGUUCAAUAAGGUGAUUUCUAUAAAGGCCAUAUAGACGAACAUACAAAAUCCUACCGAUACUACAGGUCUAUACUAAAGAACAUAAUCAACUUGAGGUUGAAAAUGUGGUAGAAUGUCCCUUUAUCACAACUUUUAAGUGUAAUGUACAGUAGUACACUACACUGUCAUUUUAUUUGCAAGAAAGAGCACAUGGAAACCAGCCAAAAGUUAUUUUCUUUGGAUUAAUGUAUGUUUUUUUGUGUUAUCUGCCAAAGUGGGGCUAAAUUGAUUCCAUUAUUUAAAAUAAGCAAGUUCCCACAUUCGUGUGUAGCCAUGUGUUCAUAACGUUCCAAGUAGAAAUGUUUGUUCAUCAUGACAGUAUUAUAUAAACAUUCAUUUUUAAUGUGUGGUUUACAGUGAAGUGCACUUUUUAUUUUUAUAAACAUUGAAUCGGAGGGAGAAAAUAAAUAAAUGAAACAACAUUUUAACAGAAGCAGAACUCUGAUCAGCAAGAUCAGUUUGCCCAUACAUAUCAAGAAAUAUUUUUAAAAAAUCAGAUGUUUUUCAUUUUCAUGUAAUCUCAGCCUUUUAAUAUGCUGAAUGUGAAUCUCAAAGUAUGGAGCGUGCUUGUGUGAUGCUUUAUGGAGAAUGUUUUUGAUGUAUUUGUCAGCACCAUGUGCUCAAUCUUUAUACGCGUGCCCGGUUUCCAUCGUCUCGUCAUUGGUCUGGGAUCAGCGAGGAGGUUUUUUUUUAACUGGAAACUCAAGAAGACUGUAUUAUACAUCUCUUGUUAUCUUUGUUUGAAGAAAUGCAUCAGCGAUGAUCAUUCUAUCCAGUUUGCUUUUCUGUCUUUUGAAUGUUUUUUAUUAUUGUAAUUUUAUACUGAAGUGCGUAUUUCAAAAAUGUAAUAAA